AUGUCACUGUGCAACACUUUCAGGUUAUUCGUACUAAGCUUGAUUAUCGUGUUGUCUAGCAUUGACACACCGGUGGCGUUCACGCUCCGUCGCACUCGCAGUGGGUCUCAAGAUCUUGCUCAAGAAGAACCCAUUGUUUUACAGUUAAUAAAUGUGAAUGGCUCAAAUGUUCCUCCAUCGAGUGACAUCAGACGAAGCGUUGUUCAAUUUGAUAAAUUUCAUAUUAAUUCUAGUAAAAGUUAUGAAAUAGAAAAAAAUAAAUAUGGAGAUGAUCCGAAAAAGGUUAAGCAUGGGCCAAAUGUCAAUUCUAUGGAAAGUCCUAUUGAAAAUUUAUCGAAUGAAAGAGACACUAUAACAACCAUGCAAGCUUUAGCUAAGCGAAGUUUAGGCGAUUCUUUGAUGUCGAAUACAGAACAUUUUGAAGAAAAAUCGAUGUUUAGAACUAAAGCAGCCUCGGAAUUUCACUUGAUAAGUGCUACAGAAGAAACGACCACAGAUAUGGAUGGUCAGUCAACAUCUGUAAGCAGUUCUACCAAUGAUAAUGAGUUCACCAAUGACCCUACAAACAUAAUACCAGAUACUACUGAAGUAACAACCUAUGAACCAGAAACGACUGAACCAGAAUUACCUGUAUGGAAAAAAUAUACGACGAUAGAUAGAAAGCGACCACUGAUCACAUCCAAUGAAGAUAUCAGUAAUAACAAAACUGAGGAGAUGGAAAAAGCCGAAACGAAACGAUCUAGAGUUUCCCUGAAAGAUACUGUAACAUCAGACAUACCUUCACUUGAUAAAUUAAAAAAUGACUUACUCUCAUCUACAUUGAAACAGACGUUAGAAAGCAAAGACUAUGUAAAGAACAUGUCGUCUUCUGAAGGGAAUGUUACAAUACCACCAGUUAAAUUGAAUUCGUCGAAAUGGGAUACUAUAGAAUCAAUGCGAGCUGGAUACCUGGAUUUAUCAGAAAAAACUACACUUUCAGAACUAUUAACUGCAAAAGAAACAUUUGAUUUAAAUAUUAAUCCUAAAGAAAAUUUACGAGCUAUGUUUGGAAUUGAUACUGAAACAGAUAUUCCCGAAGAAAAAGCUGGUAGCAAAGCGCAAUCACAGAGUCAAUUAAAUGAAGAUGUUAUUAAAGAGGAGCUACUAAUGGAAAAAGUAAUUAAUGAAAAUGAUGAAAAUUCUAAACAUGUCGAUACGACUGUUUCAUUAGAUAAAGAAAUUGAAACAUCCCAAGAGCAGUUGCAAUCUAAUUUCUCUACAACUGACAAACUAAGUGUGAAACCCAUUAAUGGGGAAAGAUCUAAAAAUACUUCAUUAUAUACAGUAAACCCAAAUUAUAAACCAUUGAAGAAGAUAGAAGUCCAGCCUCCUAAGCUGUUCGUAAGAGACCCCGACGACAACAGUUGGAGAAACGAAAGUUUAAGUUCUCUAGGAAUUGUCUUUAAACCAAAGAAUUCUUCUAAACCUUUCACUCAAGUCUUAAAAAAUAAGACAGAAAGCGAAUGGAAUAAUUUGUCGGAAAAAGAUAGCAAGAAUGAUAUACCCGACCUGAGAGAAAGAUUACAGAAAAUGACUGAGAAGAGAAAAUCUAAAAGAAAGAAGACUGAUUCAUUCGGUAAUGUUGUAUAUUUCGAUUACGAAGAAAAUAGUAAUUCUGUAGAAAAUACGAGUAAAGAAGAGUUAGCUCCUACUUCUACUCCAGAAAUAUCAAGCACAACACUUAAUUCUUCUUCCGAAGAACCGCCAGCUACUACGUCGCCUAUAUCUUUGACAACGGACAACAAAAGUAUAGAAGUUGAUUCGUACACGACUAAGAAGUAUAAGAAGUUCUUUAACGUUCCUGAAUACUAUGAUACUACUGAAGAGGAUGACACUGAUUACCUAAAUAUGGCUAAAAUAGAUAUAAAAAGGUUUUCAACUUCAAAGAAAACCACGACACAUACAACUUCGGCCCCAGCGACGCACACGACACCUAUUUGGACAACCAAUAGAACACCUCUUACGAAUCCACCCGGAAGAAAAGCUACAAUACAAUAUUUCCCUCCACUGACAACACAAAAAGUCAGCAUUAAUGAUUAUGACAAUAAUUUCCAAUAUAGAGUUAACUCAUUCACUGAAACAGAGUCGCCGAAGAACGUUCUACCAGUGAAUCCCACGACGCCAGAAAAUAACGUAAUUCAAUACAAACCUAACAUACAUAAUGAGAGAUUUGACGAUUACGCUGUUACCACUAAACCGCACUUUGACAAGAAUGUAUAUCUCACACAACCGCCUCUAACGACACAAACAGGAUACACUUUGCUCACUGAAGACGGAGCUUUUGACAGAGAUGCUUACGUUAUAAGAAAUUACAAAGACUUCGUAAACAUGGCUGCCAAAAAUAACGAAUUCGAACGAAACUUAGACUACAUUCCGUACACGCAAGCCCCGAUGGAAGGGAUCACUAAAGCAGAUGUAACGUACGAGACUGAGAAGCCAAAAUUGAAUAUGGACGAAGAGUACGAGUACGAAUCGCAGUUCCGUAAAGACGUGUUGCAGAGAUUUGUGGAAAACUUUAAUCAGAAUACUGACAGAUUUAAAGGGAAUUUUCCGGUCUUGUUCAAUAACAGCGUGAUUCACCGAGACACGCAUGGCGGCGGGGAAGUUGCAUCAUCUAGAGCGUUUAUGCGAGGGCUCUAUAACGACGUGAAGCCCAGGCAUCCUCACAAGCAGCCGUGCGAUCCGAACUGCGAGAAAAUGACAGUGGAACUGUCUCCGGCGUACGAGCUGCAUUACUAUAUGCCCGAGCAGGAGGAGAAGGAAGAAGCGGUCUCGCCGCCUGUCACAUUGCCCUACCCUUACAGAUUA